AGCAAAGAAUUAAAGAUAUUGAAAUUUCAGCUUCAUUUGGUUGGUUUAUGUUGUUUAAGUAACCAUUUGUCACAGAUGUAUUCUGAUCAUUUAAAAUGAUAAUAUACAUCCUGAAAUUACUUUAGAUACUUUCAUUGUACUUCUGCCUCAUUUUCCCUUAUCUUGAGGACCACAUAAGUAAAAAAAAAAAAAGGCUCAUCUUACCCCAACAGUUCGUUUAGUUUUGUGACAACAUGCCCCAAUAGCGAUCACAAUGUAGCUUUUCAAGCCAAUUUAAAUAGUAAAGCUAUUUGAAUGUCAAAACAAUUAAUCAAACGACAUUUUUGCAAUUUCUGACAUCAAAUGUUACAGAAAUUGUAUACAGAAGAAUUUAUUGUAAUUAAUCAACUGUAUAAAUAUAUUCGUAUUGUAUAAACAUUUACAAACGCAUGAAUAAAACUACUGUUAGAGAAAAAAAAAAAAACAUUUUAGUUACUGAAAUAUAACCCUCGUGAGUCGUGACAACUUCCCGUGUGACAACUAGCCCCCACUAUAUAUUGAUCGAUUGGUCUGUGCGCGUGAGUGUCGCAUCAUGUGCGCGUGAUGUGCUAAUGCUGAGGUCAUGCACCUGUUUAAUGCAAAAAUGACUCGUGUUCAGGUUUGAACUAGUGUGUCGUGCAGCAGCCUUACACUCAUUCUGAGCGGCCUGAACUGUAAAUUAUAAAGUAAAAAUUGUCGUGUUUUUGUUUUGAGCUGCAUUUAGACGCUAUAAUGGAUUUCCGCAGGCAGAAAGUGAAAAAUCGUCGGAGAAAUGAUGGAGAGCCUGGAGCUCACAGGGCCUUUGGGCUCUUCACUGCGGCCAAACAGCAGAACUCCUGGAAGCACGCCACAGAUGGUUCGGGCACAGGCUGCUCUCCACUGGUUAGCAGAAUGCUGUUCACUCCAGAGCAGCAGGAUCCUGUGGCUGCCGUGCCCAGCGUUGAUGAGCUCAGUCUGGGCCUGCUGUCUCUGAGCCUCCCCUGCUGGAACCAGCAGCCCUGGAGCCGCCCAGAUCCCCAGCGCUCGACCCAGCCCGCGUUGCAGAAUCUCUUUGGUGCUUCACGAGGCGGUGAUUCGGUUCAGCAGCUCGCUUUCCAGGCCCAUGAGUCUGCAGCAGAUCCACUGGACCGCUUCUCCAGCCUGAUACCGGCGCUGGAGUCUCACUCUCUGCUGCACUCUGGAUCCAGCAGUCCCGUCAACUCUGAGAACAGCGGCAUCUCUUCAGGAUCCGACCACCUGGUCUCUCUCAGAGUUUCAACCCCGUCACCCCUGGUGCUGCCUGAACUGCAGGCGGAGGGUGUGAAACUGGACGCAGUUGGCCGUUUGGAGCGGAAUCCCCUGAACACCUUCACGAACGCUCCCAGUGCUCAGGCUGAGGGAUCAGCGGUUGGGUGCUGGUCCACAGGUCCCAUCUGGCCCGGCUGGGACACUUUGGGCUUGAACAAACCCUCGUUCUGCAUUGAAAGAGAAGCGAAACUUCACAAACAAGCUGCAGCCGUGAAUGACGCCACUUACACCUGGGAAGGGCGACUUCCUCCACGCCACUACAAAAACCCUGUUUACUCCUGUAAAGUGUUCCUGGGAGGUGUGCCGUGGGACAUCACAGAGGCGAGUCUGUUGAACACAUUUAGUGUGUUUGGUCCACUGAAAGUUGAGUGGCCUGGUAAAGAUGGUAAACAUCCACGCUGUCCUCCGCAAGGUUACGUGUACCUGCUGUUUGACUGGGAGAAGUCAGUGAAGACGCUCCUGCAGGCCUGUACUCAACACCGCCCGCAGUCUGACGAUUAUCUCGAGUUCUUCUACAAACUGUCCAGCAGGCGGAUCCACAGCAAAGAUGUGCAGGUCAUCCCGUGGGUGAUCUCAGACAGCAAUUUCGUCCGUUGUCCCUCCCAGCGUCUCUGCCGCAAUAGGACCGUGUUUGUGGGCGCUCUGCAUGGGAUGCUAAAUGCAGAAGGUCUGGCCCACAUCAUGGACGAUCUCUUCGGAGGGGUCACGUACGCAGGCAUCGACACAGACAAGCACAAAUAUCCCAUAGGUUCUGGCAGAGUGACAUUCAGGAGCCAGAGGAGCUACUUGAAAGCCGUGACUGCAGCGUUUGUGCAGAUUAAAACCUCCAAGUUUACCAAGAAGGUCCAGAUUGACCCGUAUCUGGAUGACUCCAUGUGCCAAAUAUGUAACAGUCAGCCCGGCCCGUUCUUCUGUAGGGCCCAGGCUUGUUUUAAAUACCACUGUCGGUCAUGUUGGCAUUGGCGGCACUCUCUGGACGUGUUGAGCAGCCAUCAGCCUCUCAUGCGCAACCAGAAGGGCCUGAACCCCAACUAAACCCAGCGUCACCGGCGCGGGGAAGAGUCCGGACUGAGUUCACUGUUAGAAACAAGGGCGACUCACUUGAGGAAGUUAUUGCGUUGUAUUGCACUGCUCUCGUUCAUUAAGGCUCUAUGCACACAAAGGGUUCGUUGAUGCUGAGCCAUUUGCACAGUUAACCAAACAGCCAUGGCCACUGAGAUCUCAUUUUAAAAGUUGUAUUAAAUUUUGCAUGAACAGAAUAUUAGUUUCUCUCGCAGUUUUGACCCUGUGCAGGCAAAUGCCAGUUGGUGCCUUUGGCUUGUUUUUUGUUACCAGCUGUUCCAGGCCAUUUUUUUUUUUAGGGUUCUUUUUAUUUUGGCUGGUCAGCUGGUGAUUUUUAGAGUUUAUUUCAAAUUUUUAAGUUGGGUUGUCUUUUUCCUUUAGGGCCUUUUUAUUUUUUUUAUUUUUUUAACAUUAUUAAAUGGUUGAUGAUCUUGGCUUGCGAAAUGCUCCAGGAAGUGACAUCACAGCUGGCUGAUGCUGUUGCUUAGCAACCACCCCGCCGUCAAUCAUCCAUCAGAUUGAAUACAACCUUAGCAACACUGGAUGUUACUCGGACCUCUGUGCUGUACAUAGUUUUUAUUAAAUUGUAGCACUUUUUUAAACAGCACUAGGGAAAUGUUUGCCAGUGGUUUUAAAUUCGUUUAUUAGAGCAGAUCGAAGUGAAAUCCUUGCAUUGAGUUUUGUAUUUCGUAUGGAAGUACAAUAAUGACAACAAAAAGCUUGUUGAAUUGCACUAAUUUUAAAAAAAUAAGCAUUGCAUUAACCGGGCUUGGAUUUUAAUGCAUUGUAUUUUCAGGACUUACAUUUUUAUGGGCUGAAAUUCAACAUGGUUGUAUACUUAAGAUGUGAAUAUUUCAAUUCAAAACAUUUCACACACAUUUUCAUUGUUAAAAAUUCAAUAAUCCAUAUUCACCUUUCAGAUUACACUUCCAAAAUAUUAAUUCUAUUUAAAAAUACAACCUAUAAUAUUCGACAGGCAAUUUUAGGGUCCAUUUAUUUCGCUUUACAAAUUCGACAGAAAAUUCAACAUUUCACAUCCGGGAACUGCAGGAAAAGCAGUAGAGUACCGAGCAUAAUCUCCAUCUGCUGUUAGUCGACCUCACCAGCAGGUGGUGCAAGCGCGUGUUGAUGAAGAGCAGAGCGAUGGGUAGAGAGAGUCAUUCAUUCAUUAAAACGGAUUUACAUCAAUGGAGCAAGCGGUAAGUGCAUGUGUGAUGAUUAUCAGGGCCAGUAUAUAUGCAGAAAAUCUGAUAGACACAAAAGUUGUGUUUACGUUUAAUUCAAUUAAUUCCAAUUCUGUUACUUUCCCUGUGUAGCCUACAUUAAGCAGCUCUCUCUACCGUGAACGGGAUUAUAACGUUAUUCCCCGAUGCUGAGGUACAGUUCAAACGUUAAAUCUGAGGUAGACAUAUAACUUUCCUUAAAUUUAUCUCAGCUGUGCUGCAGUAUUGGGGUUUCCCUCAAUACAUCAUACUCCAGGAUUCCCCUGCCGUCGGGAAACAUUUAAAAUGCUUAACUUAGCUUAAUAGACUAAAUACAGUGAUAUAAAAGACCAAACUCGCACCUUAUUGAGGACGUAGGAUAUAGGCAAGCAGGUGGACUCAGAAUAUGAACGUAAUGAGGUGAAAUACUGGCAUAAAGUUGACGCUGGACGUUCCAGAUAUUCGCAAAUUUAGGGACCGUCUCUAAAGUUACACACGACAUUUCUAACUUCAAUAGCUUCAAUAUACUUCAUGAUAUUAAAAUAAAUAUGAGCUCCAUGCCGUAGUAAAAAAAAAAGCAAUAUUUACACAUUACUAGAUUUUUUAAAUUUGUUUAUUUUAUUAAAUAUAAAAAAAAAUCGAAAAGGUGUGCAUCAUGCCUGACACCUACACGAGCACAUUACAGUUAGUUUAUGACUGUAAGUUAUUAUCUUAAAAUGAUAUUGAAGUUAGAAAUGUGUCUACCAAUGUCGUAUGUAACUUUAGAGACGGUCCCUAAAUUUGCGAAUAUCGACUGUCCAAUGUCAAGCUAACUUUAUGCCAGUAUUUCACUGGGAGUCCACCUGUUUGCCUGUCUACCUCAGAUUUAACAUUUGAAUUGUACAUCAGCAUCGGAGAAUAACAUUAUAAUCUCGUUCACUGUAGAGAAAGCUGCUUACAUGUAGGCUACACAGGGAAAGUAACAAUGAAGACUUUGAAUUAAAUCUAAACACAGCUUUUGUGUCUUUAUCUGCUUUUCUGCAUAUAUACUGGCCAUGAUAAUCAUCACACAUGCACUUACCGCUGGCUCCGUUAAUGUAAAUCCGGUUUUGAGCGUUGCUCUGCACUUCAUCAACACGCGCUUGCACCACCUGCUGGUGAGGUCGACUAACAGCAGAUAGAGAUUAUGAAUCGGUACUCUACUGCUUUUCCUGCAGUUCCCGGAUGUGAAAUGUUGAAUUUUCAGUCGAAUUUGAACUACUGAAUUUGUAAAGCUAAAUAAAAUGGACCGAAAAUUGCCUGUCGAAUGUUAUAGGUUGUAUUUUUAAAUAGAAUUAAUAUUUUGGAAGUGAAAUCUGAAAGGUGAAUAUGGAUUAUUGAAUUUUUAAUAAUGAAAAUGUUUGGAAUUUAAAUAUUCACAGCUUAAAUAUACAACUAUGUUGAAUUUCAGCCCAUAAAAAUGCAAGCCCUAAAAAUGCAUUAAAAUGCAAGCACGGUUAAUGCAAUGCAUAUUUUUUUUUUCUCCAAGUAGUGUAAUUCAACAAGCUGUUUCAAAACAUUUGGCGUUAUUUUACUUCCAUAAUUUUGUGUUACACUAACCUUAGUUCAGUAAAUCUGCACCGCUCUGGUUUCUCGCUGAAGCUGUGCCAAAGAGCAUCGUCUCUUCCUCGUUGCCUUUUGCAGCUGCUUUUUAGAUUUUCAAAGUCUCUACCUCAUUACUCUGCAAGUAUUGUCAUGGUUAUUUACAAUUGUUCAGAUUGGACAAAAUAAAGUUGUUGAAGCAUCAAA